AUGCCUGACACGGACAAGUUUCUUUUCGAGCUGCGCGCCAAAUACAGCGACAACAAGGGCAAGGGGAUGUGGGACCCCAUUACACGGGAAUACAACGAGAGGUUCAAGACACAGUUUGAUCGGGCCGCGCUCCAAAUGAAAGUCUCAAGAGCAAAGUCCAAGUGGAUACAGUGGCAUGAAAAGGAUGUAAGUUUGCAAGGCUGA